GCAACACAGCAAGACCCGACCUUGCCUCCUCCUGCAGCAGCAGCAUAACCAGAGGGGAGUGCAGCAAGCCGUUUCGAGAGACAGCUUUAUAGGCUACUGCUAGCAGUAUGGCUUCCGCUGCGCGCUUCCUGGUGGUCGUGGUCGUGGCGUGUGCACUCCUGGCGAGCAACAACUGCCACGCGGCGCGCCACUUGGCCGACACGGCCGCGGCUCCCGCUGCUGCUGGUGCCGUCCCUGGCCUCCCCGCCGUGCCGACCUUGCCAACGGUGCAGCCAGUGCCACAGGUGGCGCUGCCACCUAUGCCGGCCGUGCCCGCGGUCACCGUGCCGCAGAUGACGCUGCCGCCCAUGCCAGCGGCUCCCAAGGUGGCCGUGCCGCUGCCGCCAAUGCCCGCCAUCCCAUCCGUGCUGCCAAAGCUGACCCUGCCACCGAUGCCCGCUGUCGUUCCAUCCGUCGUCCCCAAGGUGGCCUUGCCGCCGAUGCCGUCGGUCCCCACCGUCAACGUGCCCAUGCCGUUCGCGGCACCGCCUCCGUCGGCAUAGACGCGCGCGGCGCGCUCCUGCAGGUUUGCGUUCGCCGUGCCCACCAUGUAGAGCAGAGGUGGUGGUGACCGGUGCUGGUGUACCGGACUACCGGUGUAUGCGAGAGUGAUGUCAUUGUUUGUCAGUAUUGUUGCACCUGCGUCUCGUGCUUUCUUUUUGUGCGUAGCGUUGUACCAUUGUACGUAUGUAUAUCCUUUGUAUUGCUAUCACAUUCAUUACGCCGUA